AUGAUUAAAUCAAUACGAUUUUACUCCAAAGUAAUAGAUCUUAAACAUGAAGGAAAGACUGCAGCAAAGAUUUUAAAGUCGGAAUACAAAUCGCUCAAAGAUCACUACAAGGCCCCGAAAUACCCAAUUGUUUUAUGCCAUGGGUUUUCUGGAUUUGAUCGUUUGUCAUUAAUGCCAAUUCCCAAAGAGAUAGGUCACCAAAUCGACAAGGCUAAAGAGUACGCACCAAGAGGGCUCAUUGAACUAGAUUACUGGUAUGGAAUCAAAGAGGCACUUGAAAAGUUGGGGUCAACAGUAUUCGUGGCUAAAGUUCCAGCAUUUGGCGACAUUAAAAGUAGGGCAAUAAGUCUAGAUAAAUUUAUCGACAAAGAGUGCAAACAUCUACGACAAAAUGAGUCUAAAUCUUCAUUAUACAACGAUUCGAACCACGAUUCCACAACUUUUGAAAACAAAAACGAACCGAUUAAGGUCAACUUGAUCAGCCAUUCUAUGGGCGGUUUGGAUAGUAGAUACUUGAUUUCCAAGAUACAUAAAGAUAACGAGAACUAUAAGGUAGCAUCACUCACGACAAUUUCCACUCCACACCAUGGCUCAGAAUGUGCCAAUUUUGUCGUGGAUUUAAUUGGCAACAAUACAAUAUUGAAAGACAUAUGUCCAAGGUCUAUUUUUGAUUUGACAACGUCAAAUAUGAAAAAAUUCAAUCAGACUGUAAAAGACGAUCCCGAUGUCCAAUAUUUUUCGUUUGGAGCCAGAUUCAAUCCUCGGUGGUAUAAUUUGUUCAGUUUAACAUGGUUAGUAAUGAAGUAUGAAAUUAAAAAGGAUAAAGCUCGUGAAUUGCGCCGUUUAAUUGACAACGACGGUAUCGUGAGCGUAGAAAGCUCGAAAUGGGGACAGUACAUUGGUACAUUAGACGAGGUCGACCAUUUGGAUUUGAUCAAUUGGACGAACAGAGCUCGGAGUACUUUUGAUAAAGUAAUGUUUGCUCAGGAUCCCACAUUCAACCCCAUUGCAUUAUAUUUAGAUAUUGCUGACAAAUUAGCUGAAAAGGGACUAUAA